AUGGCCGAUGAGAAAAUCGUGAUCGCAAGCACCGCAGUUGUGUGCGCCGAAGCGAAAAUCGAUGGCGAAGUGACGAUUGGCGAAGGGUGUGUGGUGCACCCAUACGUGACAUUCAACGCCACCAAGGGACCAAUUAUCAUCGGCGAUAAUAAUUUGUUCGAAGAGCAUUGCGUUAUUGAAAAUACAACCGAAGGCCAACCGAUGAUAAUCGGCGAUUCGAACGUAUUCCAAGUCAAAUCAGAAUGUCGCGCCAAAUACGUCGGAAGUCGAAAUGUGAUCGGAAUUCGCGCGCAACUCGGCGACGGCUGCUUCAUCGCCGAUAAUUGCGCAAUCGCGAUCGACGGUCGAAUCGGCGCGCGCGAGACCAUCGAAUCGUUCGUGUCGGUUUACGGCACACUGAAUGAGCACCGAAAAACGGCCGUCACCAAUAUGCCAACCAACAUCCAAUUGGACCUCAUGCGCAAACUCCUGCCCUCCUAUCAUCACAUGUACGGACGUAAACGGGCAACGGCCACCUAA